GACAGAUUGACGGGUUUAUUCUCAUCCCCGCAGGGCGAUAUUGUUAGUGGUCACCAUCGAAACUUUUUGGUUGUUCAGGAAACGCACAGCUCCAUGGUACAUCUGAUCCCACAGUGAUAUUCCCAGCCUCGUGAUGACGUCACUGGCAGUAGUGGUCAUCGUCACAGUUCUAGCUUUUGUCCCUUCCGGAGUAAAAGGAACAAUAGAGGAAGUCAGUAUUCACGCGGACAUAUUAAACUGUUACGACACCUACCGGCGAACAUCGGACAUUACUCGAUCUGUCGGUUAUAACAUACACUGGAAAUGUAUGCAGAUGUAUAUUUGGAAUCUUCUAGAACAAAGCAGUUUGAAUAUCACUCUCGCCGAUCAACAGUGGAUCGAGAGCAUCACAUCAAUCCCUGCUCUAAAGAAAAGAAAAAAACGACAAAGUCAAAUGCCGCGCGUGCGACGGGAAUACAGGCGCAUGAGCAACCAAGAGCGGGAAAAUUACCACCGAGCUGUCAACUUACUGAAACAAAUACCAAUAGCAAACACCACAAGAUACGACUUUAUAGCGAACAUCCACAGAGGGGACGCUAUUCCACUAGCUCACAGGGGACCGAACUUCCUCGGGUGGCACAGAGUCUACCUCAUCAUAUACGAGAAUGCCCUCCGACAAGUCGUGCCAGGCGUGACCAUCCCAUACUGGGCCUCGUCCUUAGAUCAGGAACUAGACACGGCCGAACAGACUCAGUCAGUCAUUUGGUCGGAUCUGUUUUUUGGAAAUGGAGACGGGUUCGUCACUUCCGGUCCAUAUGCUAAUUGGCAGACACAAAGUGGACCACUUAUCAGGAAUAUAGGUCUUAUUGGAGAACUUUUUAGCAAUGACAGAAUCGAGCGAAUUCUGAACAGGACUAGAACUUCCGAAAUCACCUUCCCUAGUGGAGCUCCAGAGAACCGAAUAGAGGACGCACACGACGGCGUGCAUAUAUGGGUAGGGGGAGGGAAUGGGCAGAUGAAUGACUUUAACGUUGCCGCCCAGGAUCCAAUCUUCUUUAGUCAUCACGCUUUCGUAGACUACCUCUGGGAGGAGUUCCGACAGCGGCAGGUCCAGAAUGGGAUAGAUCCAUCUCUCGAUUACCCUGCCCAGUUUGGCUCGCCUCAACAGGCCCCACAAGCUCCCAUGCGAUUUGGAAAUCUGAGGAACAUCAAUGGUUACAGUAACUUGAUAACGACAAAUAUCUACCAGUACGAGGCCUCGCCGACCUGCCGCAGACAGAGACCAACGUGCGGCUCAGACUAUCUUCGCUGUGACACCAACAGGGCGAUACCGCGCUGCAUCUCGUUACGGACGGACGAGGUAGCACAAGGUGCGAGGUUCAAACGUCACACACGGAAAGCCAAAAGCCAACCAGCCUGUUCUGGUUAUCAGCGAGCAGUGCAGAACAAGUACAUGUGUACUAACCAGUCAGACAUCCGAGAGUGGUCCUACAUUCCGGUAGACAUCGUGUAUCGACGCCCUCCGGAGUUCGUGCAAUAUCAAUCAUAUCCCGUGUUUAACGGACAAGGGAUGAUCAACAGUGAUAUAUACUCCCCUACCUCCUAUGUAGGACUCGCGUCUUCCCUCCAAAUAGGAAAUCCUGCUAAGUACAGCGAAUGCACGGAUCCACACAACAACGCCGGCAAAGUCUUUAUCGAGUCUAAUGGCCUGAAUCAUUACGGAUCAUACAGUGAAUUUGUUAUGGUAGACAACCGUUUGGCAAUCUCAAAAACGACCGGUUAUAUUGCAGUGAAAUCACCGGAUUCCGGGAUGACGGAAGUGCACGUGUCAGCGCACGACUCUUGUGGGCGUGUAUGUCGUCCCGUACUGUAGGACACCUGGCUCGCCGCAAAACGACUUCCAUCCUUGCACAGGAGCCAUACGUGUUACAACUAGUGCCCCCAAAUUGUACGGCAGAACAUAUGGCGAGAUCAUUCUCGAUACUUGGAAAUUUCCUAGUGGCGGGAACUGCCCGAGGCCUGACGAUAACUACGCCCACUUGCGUUUCUUCUGUGAUUACACGAACCAGUGGCCGUGGGCGGAAGUCCGUCUGCCAGUUACAGGCGUGGCGCCGUCCCUGCACAUCGCAGUCACCAAGUCACCCACGGCCAAGGUGGUGGAAAGUGCGGAUACCGCCAUACAAGGCUGCCUCCUCGGACAUGGGUGUGUGGUGAAGACGCCGUGUGGUCCCUGCAAACACGGCAGUAAACAGGCGUGCAUCAAAUCCGGAACCAAAUUUGCUGUUUGUAAUGGCGAUAAGUACACCAUCAGGAGGUGUAUAAGCAACAGUCAAUAUGAUGACGUCACAGGCACGUGCAAAACCACGGCGGCGGCCAGGAGAAAAUGAAAUAAAACACUUUUGAAGUACAUCUGUACUUGUUUACAUAAUUUGUAUUAAUUGUAGUAACAUAUUUAACAUAAUGUUGCAGAAUAAGUAAAGUAUUUUAUGUAAACAUGCACAUUGUAAAUAACAAUAGAAGAUAUACAGAUACUAUAGUGACAUACUAAAACCUGUGACUAUACGGCGUCAACACUAAAAAGAACAAAAUAAUGAAACCGUAAAUCUAACUCAAUAUCAAUAAAACGGGGUCAGAAUACGAACAGAAAUAGAUUUACACGGAGAAAGUAUAAUGAAAUCAAGACCAUGUGUUCCGGAAUGGCAAGAGUCUCUUGCUUCAUUGACGACGUCAGUCAUACAGAUCUAGGUCAUAUGAACAUUUCUGAUUUCAAUCUGACAGUUGUUUAGGAUAAAAUAUAUUUUUUUGUUUCUCUUUUUCUGAAAUUGGAUCCAGGCAAUGCACACUCUCUAGUUAUAGGUUUGUCUCCAAUUCAGACCGUGUUGUAUGUUAUAACUUACUAGUAACUUUUAAUUCAGACCGUGUUGUAUGUUAUAACUUACUAGUAAUUUUUAAUUCAGACUGUUGUAUGUUAUAACUUACUAGUAACUUUUAAUUCAGACCGUGUGGUAUGUUAUAACUUAUUAGUAACUUUUAAUUCAGACCGUGUAGUAUGUUAUAAUUAGUAACUUUUAAUUCAGACCGUGUUGUAUGUUAUAACUUACUAGUAACUUUUAAUUCAGACCGUGUUGUAUGUUAUAACUUAUAACUUUUCAUUCAGACCGUGUUGUAUGUUAUAACUUACUGGUAACUUUUAAUUCAGACUGUUGUAUGUUAUAACUUACUAGUUACUUUUGAUUCAGACCGAGUUGUAUGUUAUAACUUACUAGUAACUUUUAAUUCAGACUGUUGUAUGUUAUAACUAGUAACUUUUAAUUCAGACCGUGUUGUAUGUUAUAACUUACUAGUAACUUUUAAUUCAGACUGUGUUGUAUGUUAUAACUUACUAGUAACUUUUAAUUCAGACCGUGUUGUAUGUUAUAACUAGUAACUUUUAAUUCAGACCGUGUUGUAUGUUAUAACUUACAAGUAACUUUUAAUUCAGACUGUGUUGUAUGUUAUAACUUACUAGUAACUUUUCAUUCAGACCGUGUUGUAUGCUAUAACUUACCAGUUACUUUUAAUUCAGACCGUGUUGUAUGUUAUAACUUACUAGUAACUUUUAAUUCAGACCGUGUUGUAUGUUAUAACUUACUAGUAAUUUUUAAUUCAGACUGUGUUGUAUGUUAUAACUUACUAGUAACUUUUAAUUCAGACCGUGUUGUAUGUUAUAACUAGUAACUUUUAAUUCAGACCGUGUUGUAUGUUACAACUUACUAGUAACUUUUAAUUCAGACCGUGUUGUAUGUUAUAACUAGUAACUUUUAAUUCAGACCGUGUUGUAUGUUAUAGGUAGUAACUUAUAAUUCAGACCGUGUUGUAUGUUAUAACUAGUAACUUUUAAUUCAGACCGUGUUGUAUGUUAUAACUUACUAGUAACUUUUAAUUCAGACCGUGUUGUAUGUUAUAACUUACUAGUAACUUUUAAUUCAGACCUUGUUAUAUGUUAUAACUUACUAGUAACUUUUAAUUCAGACCGUGUUGUAUGUUAUAACUUACUAGUAACUUUUAAUUCAGACCGUGUUGUAUGUUAUAACUUACAAGUAACUUUUAAUUCAGACCGUGUUGUAUGUUAUAACUAGUAACUUAUAAUUCAGACCGUGUUGUAUGUUAUAACUAGUAACUUUUAAUUCAGACCGUGUUGUAUGUUAUAACUUACUAGUAAUAUUUAAUUCAGACUGUGUUGUAUGUUAUAACUAGUAACUUUUAUUUCAGGCCGUGUUGUAUGUUAUAACUUACUAGUAACUUUUAAUUCAGACCGUGUUGUAUGUUAUAACUUACUAGUAACUUUAAAUUCAGACCGUGUUGUAUGUUAUAACUUACUAGUAACUUUUAAUUUAGACCGUGUUGUAUGUUAUAACUAGUAACUUUUAUUUCAGGCCGUGUUGUAUGUUAUAACUUACUAGUAACUUUUAAUUCAGACUGUGUUGUAUGUUAUAACUAGUAACUUUUAAUUCAGACCGUGUUGUAUGUUAUAACGUACUAGUAACUUUUAAUUUAGACCGUGUUGUAUGUUAUAACUUACUAGUAAUAUUUAAUUCAGACUGUGUUGUAUGUUAUAACUAGUAACUUUUAUUUCAGGCCGUGUUGUAUGUUAUAACUUACUAGUAACUUUUAAUUCAGACUGUGUUGUAUGUUAUAACUUACUAGUAACUUUUAAUUUAGACCUUGUUGUAUGUUAUAACUAGUAACUUUUAUUUCAGGCCGUGUUGUAUGUUAUAACUUACUAGUAACUUUUAAUUCAGACUGUGUUGUAUGUUAUAACUAGUAACUUUUAAUUCAGACCGUGUUGUAUGUUAUAACGUACUAGUAACUUUUAAUUUAGACCGUGUUGUAUGUUAUAACUUACUAGUAACUGUUAAUUCAGACCGUGUUGUAUGUUAUAACUAGUAAUUUAUAAUUCAGACCGUGUUGUAUGUUAUAACUUACUCGUAACUUUUAAUUCAGACUGUGUUGUGUUAUAACUAGUAACUUUUAUUUCAGACCGUGUUGUAUGUUAUAACUAGUAAUUUUUAAUUCAGACUGUGUUGUAUGUUAUAACUAGUAACUUUUAAUUCAGACCGUGUUGUAUGUUAUAACUUACUAGUAACUUUUAAUUCAGACUGUGUUGUAUGUUAUAACUUACUAGUAACUGUUAAUUCAGACCGUGUUGUAUGUUAUAACUUACUAGUAAUAUUUAAUUCAGACCGUGUUGUAUGUUAUAACUAGUAACUUUUAAUUUAGACCGUGUUGUUUGUUAUAACUUACUAGUAACUUUUAAUUUAGACUGUGUUGUAUGUUAUAACUUACUAGUAACUGUUAAUUCAGACCGUGUUGUAUGUUAUAACUUACUAGUAACUUAUAAUUCAGACUGUGUUGUAUGUAAUAACUAGUAACUUUUAAUUCAGACCAUCUUGUAUGUUAUAACUUACUACUAACUUUUAAUUCAGACCGUGUUGUAUGUUAUAACUUACUAGUAAUAUUUAAUUAAGACUGUGUUGUAUGUUAUAACUUACUAGUAACUGUUAAUUCAGACCGUGUUUUAUGUUAUAACUUACUAGUAACUUUUAAUUCAGACCGUGUUGUAUGUUAUAACUUACUAGUAAUAUUUAAUUAAGACUGUUGUAUGUCAUAACUUACUAGUAACUUUUAAUUCAGACCGUGUUGUAUGUUAUAACUUACCAGUUACUUUUAAUUCAGACCGUGUUGUAUGUUAUAACUUAUUAGUAACUUUUAAUUAAGACCGUGUUGUAUGUUAUAACUUACUUGUAACUUUUAAUUAAGACUGUGUUGUAUGAUUAACUUACUAGUAACUUCAUACGGAUUCCAUUUUAAGAACAGUGAUGGAUUUUGGUAUGGAAUAAAUGUAAAACACAUCGAAUAAUACAUUAAAUAUCUUUAUUGUUUUCAGUGACACAUGCUUUAAAUUAUCACAGACAUAACAUCAGCACUUGGUUAUUGUAAUGAAAUGCUAAUAUAUUGGUAACAGGAAAUAAAUAUUUUGUAACA